CCUAGAUCGUCCGUGGCGUUGUGAUGGGAUCUAGACCGAGGGGCAAGGAUGGCGGCGAUGGACAGGGUUUCGCGGCAUCCCCUCGUCGGGAUUGAAUUGGGGACAUCGAUGAUGGUAACCAUUUCUCGCAUCGCCUUAAAGAUAUUGCCAUGUAUGUUAAGUAAUGCGAACUGGCGGGAUACCCAAUCCAGUAAACCCCCUCCAGCUUGGUUGCAGCGAGUGCAUCUGGCAACCCUUGCGAGUGACAUACUUGCAGGCAUCCUCGCCGAUCCUCCGCAUUUCUCUGCCGGGAUCCAAAAGAAAACACAUCCCCCAUUGUCUUGGCCUCUCUGGUCAUCGGAUUUUGUCACAGCGGAAAUCUCAUGGCUCGCGCAACCCCUUCAGGUCGUCACUUUUCCCACCGCAUCCGCUGACUGUACAAUCAGCAGCCUCACCUAAAAAGCGCCCGCACGGAAGAAGCAAAAUCACGGUAAUCAUCCUCACUUGUCGCCGCCGUCGCCGCCGUCGCCGCAUGGCCAUCGGAUCGCUCGGAGCUGGCGUGCGUUUACACCGACGUUUUCGACAGGUUGACUCACGCCUUGUGCAGCCAGCCACGGCGCGCAGUGUGCCGUGGUGGUGCACUGUGCACUCCCGCACUGCCAGUGACUGCGGCAUCAUCCACGCCGACAUCAUCAUCAUGAGAUAUCUGCUCGUCGCCGAUAUGGCGCGAACCUUAUCGCGGCUUGCGACACGUCUCAGGUCUGGGCCUGCUGUCACCAGCCCUCGAGGCUAAGACCCGGUGACCCAGCGCUCUUAUCUAUUCCGCAUCCCCCGCCGCUUCGACGCUUGGCUCCCAUGUGCCAAGCGCGACAAAGCCUCGCACGCGACCUGGGCGCCGUGGAAUCAGGAAGUUUGAGCAUCGAGGCCAAGCCCUUCCAAGCCCUCCCCCGCUCAAGCCGAGCCCAGAUGUCGAAAAAAAGGCUUCGGGCUGGCGAUAGGUUGUCUUAUGGUUGUCGGGCGGGCCAUGAUGCUGACCAUUGCGUGGUCUGCUUGGCUGAUGGGCUUGGCUGGCUUGGCUUCGCUUUUUGUCUCG